UUUAUUUCUUUUCAAAGCGACCGUCAGUGGAAUCAAAACACGUUUUCGUGUUUAUCGGUACAAUUUUUACAAAAAAUCGGGUUUUCUAGUUUUUGUUUCGUACGAAAACCACUGCAACCGGCACCAUGACGGCCCGUUCCAAGUCCAAACGGAACAAAAACAAUCAGAUCCGCCGCGUCAAGAACAAACAGAAGGAACUCAAAAAACUUAAGAGAACCUUAGGACUGAUCGACGAUGACGGUAUGGAUCUGAUGGAGAAGGUGAAGGAGAUUACCGAACAGCAAAAGAAGAAGGAGGAAGCGGAAAAAAUAAAAGCUGAAGUAAUGGAAGACAUUAUCAAGCAGGAAACAAAAGAUCUGGUCGAAACGGAGGAAUACGUCGUGGUGGAAAACGAGAAUUCCAAGGUGAAACAUCGCUACAAUGCUAAAACGAAACAAGAUCAGUUUGGACAGUAUCCGGUUUGGUACAACGCUAAAAAGGAACGCAGGAAGAAGCUCCUUCGGGAGGGUAAAAUUAAAAAGCGACGCGGACGACCGGGUAGAAAGAUGCACUUUAUUGAUGAAACUUGUAACUGGAGGAAUAUCGUUUAACAAGUAGGAUGUUUCGUUUUGAUUUUCUUCUAUAUACGCUUGUUUGAGAAAAUGUAAUCAUUUCUCCAUUAUUGUCUCCAGUUUAGAGAAGAAAUGUAUAAAUAAAGCUGUAAAAACUGA